AUGGGUUCAUCAAACCCAGUGAACGAAGUUUAUACCGAUGAUGAAUUAAACGAUGAAGAAGAAAUGAUGACACCGAGACCGAGAGCAAGAGGAAAAAGGAAACAAACUCAGGGAAGUGGAUCUGGUGGUGGCACUACUGCUGAGCAAACCAAGACACCAAGGACACUAGCACCAAGGUCUGGUGUAUGGACCCAUUUCACAAGAUUAGCAGGCAGCCGUAACAGGUGUAAGUGUAACUAUUGUGGAAAGGAAUUAAGAUGUUCAACAAAAUCAGGGACGAAGAACUUGUGGAACCAUCUCAAAAUAUGUAAGGCCUACAAGGCAUGGGAAGAAGGUCAAGAUGCUACAGGAGGACAGCAGGUGAUUAAUAAGGAAGGAAAUAUUCAGUAUGCAAAAGUCCCUGAGCAUGUUUUCAGAGAAGCACUUAAUCAAAUGUUGGUUAACCUCUAUAAACCGCAUUCAAGAAGGACAGCAACAAGAGACAUUGUGAAAAUGUAUGUGGAGAGGAAGGCUACUCUUAGGCAAUGGUUUUUGGCUAAUAAUCAAAGAGUCUCACUCACCACUGAUAUUUGGGUUUCUUCGGUAACAUGUUCAAGUUACAUGGUUAUCACAUCACACUACAUUGAUAAACAAUGGCGAUUGAAGAAGCUAAUCAUUGGAUUUAAGAAUGUGGGAGAUCACAAAGGUACGACGAUUGCAAACACACUUCUAGAAUGUCUUGCUGAAUGGGGGAUAGAGAAGGUGUUCAGUGUCACUGUUGACAAUGCAACUGUUAAUAGCAAUGCUCUGAGUCAGUUUCAAUCAAGCUUUUCUGAGGUAUCAAAUGAUUCUCUGGUUAUCGAUGGAGAUUUCAUGCAUCUUAGGUGCGCUGGUCAUAUUAUAAACUUGAUAGUGAAGGAUGGAUUGACUGAAAUCGAUGCUAGUGUGGUUGCAGUCUGUAAUGGUAUCUCAUAUGUCAGGUCAGGACCAAAUAGAAGAAAGGCGUUUCAGCAAAGAGUUGAAAAUGGUAGGUUCUCAAAGGGUAGUAUGCCACUAGAUGUUUGCACAAGGUGGAAUUCUACGUAUUUGAUGCUGACAAGGGCGAUUAAGUUUAAAGGAGCAUUUGAUAAAAUGGAGUUUGAGGAUAAGCUUUACAAUGAUCACUUCUUGGAGACUGUUGAUGGCGUAAAAAGGAUUGGACCUCCUUUGAGUCAAGAUUGGCGUAAAAUUGAGAGGUUAGUUAAGUUUCUUAAUGUUUUCUAUAAGGCUACAUUGGUAGUAUCCGCCUCAACUACUAUGAAUGCACAUCAGUGUUAUGGCGAGAUAGUUAACAUUGCUGUGAAGCUUCAGUUACUUUGUGCUACUGGGGAUAGCGAGAACAUUAACAGGAUAUUGAUUAUUGUUAGUGUUAUGGAUCCGAGAAAGAAGAUGCAGUUUGCAAAUUUGUGUUUUGAGGAGUUGUAUGGGGUAGAGACUGUAGAAGCUAAGGCAAUGAAGGAUUCAGUUAAUGCUAUAAUGCGUGAUAUGUAUAGUGAUAGAUAUGCUGAAGCAACAGCAUAUGCGGAACAAACACAGUCUCACAGCUCAUCGCAGAGUAAUCGAGAGAGACAUCAAGACUUAUUUGACUCGGAUGAUGUUUUUGAUGGAUACAACCCGAUGGAGCAGAAGUAUGAUACAUUGCUCAAAACUAUUGGAGUUAGAGAUAAUAAUGAACUAGAUACAUAUAUGAGAUAA